GUAAUCUGCCAUUUAUUGUCUGUCCACGCUGCUCUGUGCAUCGGCCUGGCUUGUGCGAUCUGGGCUAGCAGCAAGCUCGAUGACUAUCGCUUCUUAUCUCAGAUUGCACUCUGCUAUUUUUUUUUCCGGGUUCCUGUUCGUGAUGUUGUCGUUGCCCCUUUUUUCCCUCUGUCGCACCUCGGCAAGCGUCAAGAAAGAGCGCCCCUCCACCAGCGCAGGCAGAAUACGCCGCUUGCAUUGAGCCAAAAACGGGUGGCGGCCAGAUGCCGAGUGUGUCCGCAGUUGGAUCCGUCUGAUCUCGUCUGCGGCAUCGAAGGCGCACCCACCGAACUGGACGCCCACCGGCUCGAGAUCCCGAGUCGCCCAAACUCCAAGCAAGCCCCUGCCUUGCGAAACAGGCUCCCGCUUUCGCUUUCAGCCAGCAAUGACUUCUCUCAGUAAGCACGCCCAUCGUCGCAUUGCCGACCGACAUAACUUAUUCUGUCCCUCCUCUGCUGGGUUACAUUACCGUGUCUGCUUGGCUGGGCUGGAUCCGGCAAGAGAGACAUUCUUGCACGUCACAAGCCAUUUGCGUCACUGGGCUGCGCCGUUUCGCUUUAUUCUAGCUGGGUGGGCACUUCAAUUGGACAAGCCACUUUUCACACAUGGCCUUUUGCCCUCCUUCCGUCCUGCCUCUUCGCCAACGCCUCAAUCCAGCUGGGCAAUUCUGAGAGGACAGGAAAAGACAGAAGGAGCAACCCGUCUACCUCCACUGGGCUUUUUGUUUGCCGCAAGGAAGGGGAGCCCGGGGAGGAGGGGUGAUGGACAGAGAGAGGCUGCUGCAUGACUCUGGGCCAACCAGCAACGCCCCCUUCGUCGCAAUUCACAGACAGGACAAUUCGCAGACAGGACAGACAAGGCCACCUCACGAACCGAAUCGUCUGUUCCCUCGACUAACAUGAAGCAUUUUCUACCCACAGUCAACAAGGCUAAAAAGCCCAAGUUUGACCUACAUCUAAGGAUCUAUGACCUCAACAACGUGCCCCUGGUAAGCGGCGUCUCCCAGGUAAAAUGGCACCUCCCGCACUCGAUCCACGGCGAGCACCGCGGCCGCACCGACAAGCGCCCCAUCGCCAACCACAAGGUUGAGUACGACUUUGGCCGUGUCGUCCCUGUGCGCAUCCAUAUCGACCGCAACAACAACCUCGAGGAGUGCCCCAUCGAGUUCGAGGUCGCGCAGGAGUUUGGCCCCGGCGAGGACAGGGUUGUGCUGGGCAAGGUCACCCUCAACCUGAGCGAGUAUGUCGUCGAGAGCGAGGAGAUUUUGCGCCAGCGGCCCCACGCCGCGUCCGGCGCCGGCGGUGUUAAUUCAGCCGCCGCCGCCGUUGCCGGGGUUGCCUCUGCCGCCUCGGCCGCUGUCGGCGACCAGCUCCACCACCAGGCCGGCAAGCUGGGCAUUGGCCACUCGCGCACCCGGAGCGCGACGGUCGGCGCCAACGCCGCCUCCUUUGUCUCCUCUUCCACGUCCUCGCAGCCCGCCAGCUCCAGCCCGUCGAGCAAGAAGGACGGCGGCAGCAGCGGCGGCGACAGCGGGAGCGGCAGCAGUGGAAGCACCCACCAGAACGACGGCGGCACGAUCCUGCACCCUGACGUGCAGGAGGGCGUCAUCCGCCGCCAUCUGAUGCAGGAGAGCAAGAUCAACAGCACCCUCAAGAUCGGCAUCCUGAUGAUCCAGAUCGACGGCGACCGCAACUUUGUCGCCCCGGCCCUCCGGACUGCUCCGGCCUUUGGCGGCAUCGCGGGCCUGGGCGUCACUGGCGAGCAGCUUGACCAGGACGACACCAAGCGCCACGCCCCAACCGUCUUGAAACACCGAGACCCCGCCGAGCUGGACAUGUACCGCACAACCCUCACGGCGUCCAUCGCCUCUCCCCCGUCCCAGGGCGAGCUGGCCGCCGACGCGUGCAUCGAAGACAUAUUCAGCGGCGGCACCGGCUUCACGGAUCCGGACGUCGGCCCGCUCCUCUUCUCGGACGGCAGCGGCCGCAACUCGGCCAUGAGCCACCGGGGCGUGGGCUUCGCCGACGACAGCAACGACGUGGCCGCCCGCAGCAAUGCCACCAACCACCGCCGCCAACGCUCCGGCCGCUCCGGCCGCUUCUCCGCCACGAGCUCCCUCGCACCCCCAUCGCCCUGGGGCAACGGCCACGGCAGCGGCAACGGCAGCCCCUCGUCGGCCGAUGACGACGGCACCGGAGGUGGCGCAGGAAGCGCCACGCUGCGCCCGCGCGACGUCAGGGGCUUCUUCGGCACCAGGCCCGGCGACGGCGGGGCGCGGCCGUCCAACCACCGUCGGCAGCGCAGCGGCGCCAGCGAUAAGAGCGCGCGCACCCUGAUAGUCAGCGCCGGCGGCGGCACCCUCUCGCGCAGCAGGUCCCGCGGCGAGCACGACGACAACAGCAACAACAACAACAAUAGUAACAGCAGCAACAGCAACGGCAACGGUGCCGCCAGGAGGGGCGGCGGCGUCAGCAGGGAGCCGUCGCGCGCCCGCUCGGGCAGCCUCGUCAGCCUCGCCACCACCAACGGCGGCGACAGCAGCGACCGCAGCGAACGCGAGCACCGCGGCCGCGACGGCUUCCGGCGCGCCCGCGAGGUGGACGAGUUCGAGGUCCGCGACGACCUAGUCGCCUGGCGGCUGCCGGGGAAGGUGUCGUAGGAGUUGAAGAGAGUGGGAAGGGAAGCUCAGUAGUGAUGGUGGUGGUGGUGGUGGCGGCGGGCUUUGCUUGUCUUUGCUUUAUCUGGCUCAACUAGAAAUGAGCUGUUUGCGUUUUCUUGCUAAAUCCUUUCUAAAGCGACCUCCCACUAGACGGUGCAAAACUUAUUGCUUUUUUUUCCACAUUGGUUAGACCAGCCCGUCUUGCUCUUGCCUUGCGUCCAAGACUGAUGUAAAGAUACGAGGGUCGUCCUUAUCCUAUACUCCACUACCUGUGAAAGGCACAUGGGAUAGAUUCAUCGUUACCGUCGGAAGGCCUCGGCACACACACCUCUGCCCGUUCGCAAGAGUUCUGGCAGUGAGCGC